UUCCUCAUUCAAUCAAUUGUAUUCCCAAUACCCUUUUCUUCUCCGUCCACCUCCUUCCAUGGCGGUGGAGCUUCUCUCAGCCUACACCAACGCCCAUCUCUCCGCCGCAAUGGACCAAGACUCCGCCGUCCAUGAAGCCGCCUCCGGUAUCCACACCCUCAAAAAGCUCAUCUCAUUACUCUCCCACUCCCCACCUUCUAACCUCGACUCCGAUUGCCAAGCCGUUGCUAACGCCGCCGUCUCCCAUUUCAAAAAGGCCAUUUCUCUCCUCGGCCACUCCCCUCGUACCGGACACGCUCGAUUCCGCCGCGCCCCUUUAGAUUCCUCUCAAAUUUACAACGCAACCCCCAUUCAGCAAAUCCCUCCGCCGCCUCUCGAAUCAGCCACCACCAUUAAUUUCUCUCAUUCCUCGUUUCCCGCCGCCGACUCUGAAAUUAACCUCCAACACCAACCCUCUUCCUCUUCUUUUCAAAUCACUGAUCUCUCCAGGGUUUCCUCUGUUGUCUCUAAGCCCUCUUCUGGCUCCAAGAGAAAGUGCGGCUCUGAAAAUUUGGGCUCUGGGAAGUGCGGCGAAUCCUCCGGUGGUCGAUGCCAUUGCUCCAAGAAGAGCAGAAAAAUGAGGUUCAAAAGAGUGGUGAGAGUUCCAGCUAUUAGCUCAAAGAACGCUGAUAUCCCUCCUGAUGAUUAUUCAUGGAGGAAGUAUGGACAGAAGCCAAUAAAGGGUUCUCCAUAUCCAAGAGGUUACUAUAAAUGCAGCAGUUUAAGAGGAUGCCCUGCUAGAAAACAUGUGGAGAGAGCUUCAGAUGAUCCAUCUAUGUUAAUAGUGACAUAUGAAGGCGAUCAUAAUCACUCUCAAUCAGUGGCAGAGGCCUCAAGUCUCAUCCUUGAAUCAUGGUGAACACAAAGAACAGAAUCACAACAAAAAAAAAAAUCACUCUGUUUUUCUUUUGAUUCAUACAGAAAUAGAAAUAGUUAUUUGUUUACAUCACAGUUCUUAGUUCUUGUGAGAAACUCUCCAAAAAUGAAUUAAUUUUUUAGUUUUGAGCUUAGAAGAAGAAGAGAAAUGAAGAAGAUCAUGGGUUUGCUUUCGUUUUUUGUUCUUUUUAGACAUAUAUCUUCGAUCACGAGGUCGAAACGUUUCGAUUUUCUUUUCGGGUUUGUUCUUUAAUAUGAACACAGAAAACUUGAGAAGUGGAAUUGGUCAAUGGCUUGAAGAAACAAAUUGGAAGUGGGUUGGGCAGUCUAAGAGAGAAAUGAAUCUUGUUUUGUUUGGUAUUGAAGAAAAGAUUGGAACUUUUCAAAGAUGAAGAAUUUAAGGCCACACACUAGAAGUAAUGGAGCAAAGUCAAAAAUGGUGGGCAAGAAUAUGCCCACGACCAUACCCGACCCAUCGUGCUUGACGCGUGGGCAUGGCAACAUAGAGAUGCCCCACGUCCUGUCUAUGCAGAUAGUUCUAAACUUGUAGAAACGGUUCAAAGGAUAAGGUUACUAGCCUUAUCUGGUUAAGAAUACGUAAAGAAAAUCGAACUUGAGAGCGGUUUUAUGUACCAGCCUGUAAUUCAUGGGUUGGGGUGUUUAGUCGACAUACCCAUGUUAUCCAACACUGUCUGAAGGCGUUUAUCUUAUAAUACUCGUUCGUAUUAUGACAUAUGUAAGUAACACGAUUACUUAGAGUGUUUGAUUUGAUUUGAUUAAGGAAACGUACAAAUUCUGUUGGUAAA